AUGAAAAUCAUCAUCUUAUUGUUCCUAUUCUCAAAUUUUUCGCCAUUGUUAGCAAAAAAUUUUUUUCUACAGUAUAUUGAAGAGUGGGUUUUUGAAAAAGAAAAAGAUUGAGAGGCUCAAAAAAUUCCAAAUUUUGCAGCUCAAUUGAUCCAAACAUAAAAGUUUGCGAUAAUUUCUACCGGCAUGUUUGUAAAAAAUCCAAAGAUGGAAGAUCAGUGGAAUCAAUAUUUCAAAGACCAACUCGACAAUUUUUCGAAAAUGCAAAAUAUUCGAGCAACUUUGUAGAUAUCUCAAAAUUCCAAAAAUUUCUCGAAAAAGAAAAUAGAAAAAUUAUCAAAAAAUUCAGCAAACAAACAUUGAAAGACUUCGAAAAAUUAUGCAAGAAAAAUCAAAAUUCGAAUUUUUUGACACAAUUUGCGGGAAAUGUCACAAAUAUUGUUGGAGUUGUUGGAAAAUGUGUUGAAGAAAUCAAAAGCGAUGGAAAUUGUGUGGAGCAAGGAAAGAGUUUGGAGAAAUGUUUGGAUUUGUUUGGCAGAGAAAACGAGGUUGGUUUACUUUUCAAGAGCAUUUGGAAAUUUUAAAUAGGGAAAUAGGUUUCACAAGGCUUUUAUCAGAAAAUUCUAGAGGCUUCAGAAAAUUUUUGGAUACUUCAGAAGGCUUCUCGAAGCUUCAAAAAAAUUUGCGAUGUUUCAGAAGACUUCAGAGAGCUUCGAGAGGAUUCAGAAGACUUCUGAAAGGUUCAUGAGGAUUCAGAGGGCUUCAGACAAUUUUGUGAUGUUUCAGAAGGCUUUUGAUGGAUUCAGAAGACUUCUCGUGGCUUCAGAAAAUUCCUUCAGACUACAGGAUGCUUCUCGAGGCUUCAGAGGGCUUUAGAAAAUUUUUGGAGGCUUCAGAAGGCUCCUGAGAGCGUCAAAUGAUUUUUUUUUGGUUCAGAAGGCUCUCCAGAACUUCAAAUGAAUUUUUGUUGGUCCAGAAGGCUUUAGAAGACUUCUCGAGCCUCUAGAAGAAUAUUUGAUGGUUCAGAAGACUUCAGGAGGCUUCAGAAUUUUUUUUGAUGGUUCAGAAAGCUGCAGAAUAUAUUAGCAUGAAAUUCAAAAAUUCAGAUUUCAAUAAAAGUUUUUUGCUCCAAUUUUUGGGCCAAAUUUAUCUCCAAAAUCUUAAAAAAUCAGCGAAAAUUCGAAUUUCCAGCUUGGAAACCCCUGAACUUUUUAACAAAAAAUAAUCAGAGUUGAAAAAUACCUGGAAUUCAUCAAUCAAAAAAAAAUCCAGAAAAUCAAUAAAUAAUUGCAGGUCGUUUACGAACAACAAGAGUUGCAAGACAAAAUUCUAACCCCAGUUAAAAUCUACAAUUGGCUCAUAACUGAAGGAAAUUCCACUGUCAAAAAGCUCAAUGAAACCUUUCACGAAGUUAAAGAAAAUGCUUCAAACCUCAUCAAGGUACGGUAUUCUACAAACAAUACAGUACCCCAAAAUUGUGUUUUUCAGCAAACUCCUUGGCUCCAAAACACCAACAAUGUUCAUAUUUUCGAAAACUUGACUCUAGUUUUAAAAUAUCCCGCAGUUUUUGAAGAGUUUUUCGGGAAAACAGAGAAAAAUCUGAAAAAAGCUGCUGAAAUUUUUGCGAGUUGCGUGAAGUCUUCGAGCUUCGACAAAGAUAUUGCCCAAGUGUUUUGUUUAUAUGAGAAAAAUUAUGAGAAUUUGAAAAUGAAACCGCUUGAGCACAUGUAUUUUGAAGGAUCGAAUGGACAAAAUCGAUAUUUUGAUGUUAAAUUUGGCUUGACGUUUUAUUAUGCUGCACAUGUUUUUGAAAAACAUCCGGAAUAUGUGAGUAAUUUGGAGAUACUGUAUAUUUUUUAAUUAAAAUUCAAAAUUUUUGCAGUUCGGCUUUAUUGGAACUUCUCUAAUUGGACAUGAAUUUGCACAUUCCUUGAUUAUUUCUGAUUUGGAAAAACAGAGCAACAAUGUGCACUUUUCAAAUGAGGCAAAACAGUGUGUUCAGCAACAAUUUCGAAAUACUUGUGAAGCUUUUGGAGAGGUGAGAUGAAAAUAUUUUGAAAAUUCUGGGUUGGGGGAGUACUGUAGUUUUUAAAACGAAAAUAUUGCUCCAAGUCAAGUCAACAAUUUUUUUCCAUACCCACAGUACCCCUUCAUUUUUUCCCGCCAAAAAUCCCCCAAUUUUUCCAGGAAACCUGUAAAGUUACUGAAAAUCAUUUCGAAGAACACGGAGCCGAUAUUCUUGGUUUUCAAUUGGCUCAUGAUAUUUUCAAAGGAAAAAUUGGAUCUGCCAAAUCUUUUCAAAUCAAGUAA